AACGAGUAAAAAAAGACAUGUUUAGGAGUUAGUAUUAGGUGUGUACUUUUGUGAAAUUUUAUGAGAUAUUUUUAAUUGAAAUAGGUUUUUAUUGUUUAGUCGCAACAUUUGCGUAAUUCAGUAUUACUUUAAUGUAUAAAAUAUCACUUUUUCGGAGUUAAGAGUCUAGUUUUCAUAUUUCAAAUGUUUUCCAAUCGGCGAAACUAUGCUCAUGAAUGAUGAAGUUAGUUAGUUAGGCUAAGCCUUAAAAAAAGUUAAACUUUGGUGGUGGUAGAAACUGUAAACCUUAGCACAGUUUACAGUAUAAGUCGUAAUUCAGUAAUCCUACAAUUACAGAACGGUUUAUGAUUUUACAUAGGUCUGCAUCUUAAUAGGUUGUAAUCUGCACAGAUCUACAAGUUACAACGAACCGGAAGUUAAGCUAUUAAAAGAACAUUAAUUUGUAAAAUGUCCUGCUGAAGAAGUGAUUUAAUUUUUGUUUAUAAAUUGUAAGAUAUUACCAAACCACUAUUCAUGUCAUUACCACAUAACUCCAACUUAAGUUUUGCUUCAAGCCUGAGGAUCUGAAAUUAUUUGAAAUCUUACUGAUUAACUCUUUAGGUCUAUACACAGACCUAUUAAGAUUGAUUAAUUACAAGAAGCAUAAAAUUUUUAUUAACAAAUCCUGUCAACGACAUAAAACUGAUGCAGAAAAUUGGGAUUGACCAGACUGGGCAAUUUCAUUACACAGACUCUGUAAUAGCAAAAAGCAGAGAUCUCAGGCCGACGCCAACUCCGAGUUUGGAUGGUCUUUCUCAGCAUGCAUCUCGAAGAAUGGGUGUAAUGAGUGAAGCAGAGGAACAAGAUAGAAAAACAAUAAAUGAAUUUUGUCAUCUGUUGGAGAAGUCCAAGCAACUUUUUAAUGGUUUAAGGGACUUGCCUCAGUAUGGCCAUAAGCAGUGGCAAGCAUACUUUGGACGUACUUUUGAUGUGUACACAAAACUCUGGAAAUUUCAACAGCAACAUAGACAAAUCUUGGAUGUGAAGUAUGGAUUGAAGCGAUGGCAGAUUGGAGAAAUAGCUUCUAAAAUUGGACAACUUUAUUAUCAUUACUACUUAAGAACCAGUGAGACUAAUUAUCUGAAUGAGGCCUUUUCCUUCUAUGCUGCAAUUAGAGGAAGAGGGUAUUACAGCAAAGCAGUAAAAGAGGAAAGUUCUCUUCCACAUAGAUCGGAUCUGAUGGUGAAGAAAUUACGCUACUAUGCACGAUUUAUCGUAGUUUGUCUUUUGCUCAAAAAGAUGAAAUUAGUAAGAGACUUGGUUAGGGAAUUAGCUAAACAAAUUGAUGACUACACUGCCACCUAUGAACCAGAAGACCAGUUAGAGUGGUCACUUGUUUUGGGUGAGAUCAAAUCUUUUAUUGAGGCAGAUAAUCUAGUAAAUGUUGUUGAUGUGGACUCUUCCUCCAUCGUUCUGUCCCAGCGCCUCAGCCCAAUUAAUACUCCCCACAUGGAAAAAGUUUCUUCUAGUCACCUUACUUUACAAGAGAUUUUGAUUGUGGGAAGCUGCUGUGAUCAAGCAAAAUUUAGUGAGUUAACCCUGGACAUGUUCCGUAUGCUUCAAACACUGGAACGUGAGCCUCAGGAUGACUCCACUCAAAUUUAUGAUGCUUCUCCUGCUCCUGGCAGGGUUCCAUUUCCAGAGAAUGGAGAGCAAAGACCUAUCAAAAGAGAGAACCCUCAUAAGUACCUUCUGUAUAAGCCCACUUUUAGUCAGCUGUUUGUAUUUCUGGCUUCUGGAUUUAGAGAGCUUCCAGCAAAUGGUGUUCUCUUGCUCUACCUCUCUGCUGAUGGAAGUUUCUCCAACAUAAAACAUCCAGAUGACAUUGGUUAUGACUAUGGAGGCAUAGCAACCAAUAGCAAGAAAGAACCUGACCAUGCGAAUAAGCGAAAUGUCCAGUUGAAGGAUAUGCAUUGCUUUUACCCAGGAGAUUUGUUUCCUUUUACCCGAAAGCCUCUAUUUUUGAUUCUUGACAGUGAUAACAGUCAUUCUUACGAACAUAUGCCACGUUAUUUUGGCCAACCACUGAUUGUUUUGAUGUCACCUGAAAAUGUUCCACCUAAUUUCCAUGAUCAGUUGCACAAAGGAAAUCUUUUCACACUUUUCCUGCAUAGUCCUCUGAUGGCAGUGUGUUUUAUAUGCAAUAUCACUGACAUUCCCAUUGCAUUAUGGGAAAAAGGUCAAACACAAGUUGAGAGGUUUAUGGGAGAAGCAAGCAGAGUGUUGACACGAUCAAGAAAUCUUGAUCCUGCAUAUCUGCAAUUUUAUGGAGAUGAUUUUCUUCGAUUAUUAAUGCUUCGGUUCAUUUUCUGUCAUGUAGUAAUGAAAUUGCAUCGAUUGUUUAGGGGCCAUAAUGUUACUCCACGAUCUCACCCACCAAUUCCUGAAACAGAGGUGUUGGAACACCCAAAUUUAAAACGUGCAGUUAUGGAUUUAGCAGCAACACUAGAUGUGAGGUCCUUGUUUUUGGACAUUGAAGAGGCUGACUGACAUGCGGUUAUGUUCACCUUGGCCUGAGGAUUUAUGGUUACCUCCCAGUGUUCAUUUUGUGCUCAUCAUCCUCAUCAGAAACACCUGCUGUAUUGUUGUGUUGUGUAAACACUGCUUUCUGUUAGUCUAACAGGGUAUGCUAAUGAUAUACUGUGAAUUGUAAGCUAAUGUUACAUUCCAACACCUCUUGAUUUGUGAGCAAAAAGCUAAGUAAACUUUUACUUUUCAGUUUUUUCACUGUCUGUUUUACAUAUGACUUUUGAUUUUGUUUUACUUUGAACUGUGGAUUUGUAAUGAAUAAAAAUUAUUUUUACAUUUUAGAGUAGGUCCUACAGACAUAAAAGAAAAAUUGUAGAUUUUCAUAAUUUCAGUUAAAUGAUUGAUUAACUUUAGCUAAUAAUAGUUUUUAACAACAGAAAAACAACAACAUAUAUAUAUAUGUAAGCACACAAAUGUGGUUAUAUACAAAUACAAAAAAAAAGUAUAUUUACGUAACCACACAAAUGUGUGUGUGUAUACAAAUACAAAAAAAGUAUACGUAUGUAAGCACACAAAUGUGUGAUUAUAUACAAAUAUACAGGUUUUGCCAUAUGUUUAUUUUCCAAAAACAUUGGUUCUGGAUCUUAGGUUGUUAUUUUGCAUAUGAAUAAAUAUUACUCUUAGUUUUGAAAAAUAAUAUUUUAAAAUUUAAUAUAUGCAUCGUUGGUUUUAGUUCAAGGGAUAGGUCAGUAGCAUUGUAUAUGGUCAUUAUUAGGAAGAUCAAAGUGAUUCUUGUAGCAACUAAUGUAAUUUUCUACUUGUUUUACUGUUAAACAUUGCUAUACAAGUUUCUUAGUAUAAUGACACGUAACUUUCUUUUUUAACUAGUUGUAAUAAAGCUAAAAAAAUGCAGAUUAUUAUUGUUACAGACAUUCUAUGAAGAUUUUUCAUCUCUAUAAUUGCCCAAUAUAGACACUAAGAAAUAAAAUUCUCUAAGAGAAAUAUGUGGCAAAGUUUUGGCCAAAAUGCUAAACAUAUAUAAUUCUCUUUCCCUUACAGCAUUUUUAAUAAUUUUUCUUUAUUACCAGAUGUUAUCAAGCUAUUAUUUCUGCAUUUGUUUACUAGAAAAAUGACAGUAUCAGUUCAAGCAGUUCUAACUGAUUAUUCCAUUGUAUAAGCAGAUUUUGAUAUAAUUAAGUUGUUUUUGUUGUUGUGUGGAUAUUUUGAAUAUGCCAAAAGUGAUUUAUCUAGUCAAAAAUAUUUUGUUAAUUUUCAUUUUGAUAGAAAAAAAUUUUAAAUGAAUUAAUGUUGUGUACUUGAUGUUUACAUUUUUGAUCAAAACACUGUUUUUUAAUGAACUGCAUGAGAAACGAUGUGUGAUGUGUACAUUGUGUUUGAAUAAUAUUUUUUUUUUUUAGUUUAAAUUUCAGACUCUUGUUUGAAUGAUAAGUUCCUGAUUAGGUAGAGUUGAAUUUGAGCUAGAGCUAAAUGAAGUCGUGUUAUAAGAAAAUUUUAAGUAGAUCAUUUAGGAAUUUAAAGCUUUUAAUAGAUAGACAAGCAUAUGUAUAUAAUGAUACAUGUGUGCAUUUUUCUUGUCUUGUUGAUCUAGAGAAGGAAUUAGUCAUUCUCUCAUUAUUUUGGACUGAGAGAAAUGAAUACAGUUCAAUCUUUUAUUCCUUUGAGUUUAAAGCUUGCAUAAAAAAGGAAAAGAUUGGUCAUAAUAUUGACCUUAUUCAGGAUCACUGUUUUAUAUAGUAUUCUUUAAAUGAUUUGGGAAUAUGUGGGUGUUUAUAAAGACUACUUUAAAUGAGAGAAAUCUAAUAUAUUUUUGAACUAGUAAGGAUUUCCAUUUAUCAAAGAAAAUUUAAUUUUUAGAAGUUUUUUUUUUUGAGCAGGUUAAUUUUUUGUCAGUAGAGUUGAAACCUUGUUAUUUUAUUGUAAAAAUUAAAAGCUAUUAGUCAGAAUAUUCUAAAAAUAUAAUAUUUUUAUUUGUUUGAAAGUAUGUUUUUUAAAUCAAAAAAUGCUACUGAUCUGUCUCGUCAUAUGUGUUUUUGUAUUGAUGAAAUAUUUCUGUAAUCUGAGAAAUUUGUUUUUAUAUUGUGACUCAGCAAAGGACCAUUCUCAGCAUUUAUUUUCAGUCUUGUUAGUGAUCUGUGUUGAAGUACUUGUGUUUAAUAUUACUUGCGAAACAAAUAUUUUCACAUGGAACAAAAAUUAUUUCGAAGAGAAAGUCAUUGAAGGAGGAUUAUAUCUGGACAUAAUGUUGUAUGAAUCACAUAUAAAUAUAAGUACUUUUUUCAUGAACUGUAGUGGUAUUCUGAAACUCCUUUGCAAUUUGAAAUGUAGAUUUGCAGUAGUAUUUUUUACUUCUAGUAAAUUAUUUUUAUUUCUACUAUUUUCAUGCUCAUUUAGCAGGUUAACAGUACUAAAAAUUAUUUUAUCUGUGAUUAAAAAUGUCAUAUAUAUUAGCUUGACUUCAUUUUAACCCAAAAUUUUAACCUGAACCAAACCCAAGUUCUGUUAUUUUAAUGUGAGAAGGAGGGAACCAGAAGGCUUUAGGCCUGGGUUGAACAUUGUAACACAACAAAACAAAAACUUGGCUUUUAUGGAGGGUGGAAAGCAAAUCACAGUAAAGCUUUAUCUCACCUCUUGCAAAAAAAAAAAACAAAAAAACAACAAUUUUGAAAGAUUUGAAUACUAUGACUUUAAGAUUGCAGUUAUCUCUUUUUGCAGUUGAAAGUGUGGUGUAUGGUUUCUUAUUCAUUCAUACUUUCAAAUAGAUAUCCAGUAUUUGGUGAAAAGCAUGUGAUACAAAUAGCAUGCAUAUUCUUUGACCUAGAUGUACCAGGAUUGUUUGGAGGUUUUGUUACAUGAAGCUCAUUCAUAUUUGACCUCUCUACAGUCUUCCUGUACUUUACUUUCAAAGCCUAGUUAGUUUCUAAUGUUACACAUGUUUCCAUGCAGGGUGUGAAUCAAUGUAUGUGUAUAUUAUAUAUAUAUAUAUAUAUUAACCCUUUUCCUUUCAUAGGUUGCUAAUUCAUUAUAACUAUUUUUUCUGUUUGCUAUAAAAUGCUAAAAUUUGAAUACAAUGACCUUAUAGUCUGUAUAUUUAGAAAGCAAAGUAUUUUAUGAAGUAUAUCUCAAACAGAAAUAGUUAGCAUUAUUGAAUGUAGUUUAGGAAUUUUAAAAUAUUUGAUUCAUAGCAUAUUGCAGUAGAUAGUAAUUCUUAUAGUGGUUUGUAAAGUACACGUACAUCUAUUAAAAUCAUCAAUGACAUAAAGUUUACAGUGUUUCACACUCUUCAGCACAUCUUUUUUGACAUUUACUAUAAAAAUAAUUUUAGAAUAGCUUAGCUUUUAGCUCUAGUCAGUCAACUUUCAGCUCUUGCCAAAGUAAAAUGAUAGUUACUUAUUAAUUUUUUUGUUUGUAAACUACUAAGUACAUUUAUUAGUUUUAAACUAAAAAUUAUAUUUGCCUUUGGAGUAUACAGUAAACAGUUUUUCACUAUAUAUAUUAAAAAAAAUGAGAGGUUUGAGUAUUUCGGGUUAUUCUCUAUGAAUUGAAGACAUGGUAUAGAGGUACUGUGUAUUUCUAACUGCCCAAGGGAAGAGGGGUUAACAAAAUUAAAGAUUGCUUAUUAUUUUACAAGUGGGUUUCAUAUAAAACAUUUUAAGCAUUAAAUUUUUGCUGUAAUCAGUAUAACAAGGUGUAAUAUUCAUUGUUAAUUAUACAUAUUCAUAAGAAGGGAAAAAAAAUCUUUUGUUACUGCAUUUGAAUAGAGGGUUAGUUUUAUUUAUGGGAUAUUUUCAUGAAAUUUACUACUGAAAUUCUCCCUGCUAUAAAUAGUUCUACAGUCAUGUGUAAUACUGAAAGUUUGGAUGUUUACCAAAAGGUUUUUUUUUUAAUAAUAUUAUUCUUAUUAUUCAUUUUAAUGUUUCUUUAAAGACAGUGUUAAAACACUUUUGUUACUUAUGAUUUUGAACCAUGUUUUAGUUUUUUUCUGACAUUUAUCAGCAAACUUUACUCUUCAUUCAAACCUUACUAUUUGUGUAUGUACAACUAAAUUGGUAUUGUUAGUGCUAAAGGUUUGAGUCUUGUUGUUUGACUUCAUCCUUUUGUCUUGAUGUGCCCUGAUGUUGGCUGAGAGUCAGUACAGGUAAUACUCAGACAAACCUGAAAACAAACCUAUCAAACAGGUCUGUAUAUUUCAUUCACGCUGUAUACAGUGUUAUCAAUAUUAAAUCAUUUUUGUCAGUA